GCCUCUCCUCACUGGCAUGUCCAGGAGAUCCAAGGACUUGUGAAACUUCUGGAUGCAAUAUUUCUGGAUCAGAAGUGGCACGUUUGGACAGUUUCUACAAUGCAGGGUACAAAGAGAACCAAGGAACUGGGAUGACCAGGCAGAACAGAUCAGACAGUCAGCUGCAGAUCCAGGGGAUGAGCUCACGUCCUCUGCCUGCAGCCUGGCACUGCCCCGCGUCCCCUCGCAGAGCCAAGCCCAGGCCCGGCCUCAGCAAGCGCCAGGCCCCGCCAACCUGCCCUCGCUCCAUGCGCACGGCCAGGGCCCGACGCAGGGAGCACUGAGGCCGUUCUGUUUUCUUCCCUCUUCGCCUUCUCCACAGCUCCCGGAAUGUGUUUGCAUAUGGUGGAAAAAAUGCAAGGAGCAGCAAGAGGCGGCCGGGCACGCUGCCCUCCCGGCAGCGCUGGGUGCCAGAGCCAGGCCGGGGACGGGGCCACCACCAGCCCGGAGGUCGGGGGAGCCCCUGGUGCUUGCAGCAGUUGAGUGGCCCAGGGACGAGCUGAAAUUUUGGGGUGUUUCAUUCCAGAAUUUUAAAAGGCAGAUGUAUCUUCUGCACCAUCUCCAUGAACACAGGCUCGCAGCGAAGGCUGUUUUGGUUGAAGGCUGGCUGGCAAGGCCCACAGUCUGUUGUACAAACUUUUGAGCCCAUCUUCUCCUCCCCGUUUUGUUAACGGGUA